AUGGAUGAAGAUGGAGAUGGGUACAGAUGGGAGGGGAAUUACGAGAAAACGUGGGAGCUGAUAAAAGAAACAGAUGGAGGACUAGUAGACUUAACCACCAGCAGUGCAAAACGAGAGAAGCGCAGGCUGAUCCAACAGAGACUAUCAAAUGUCAAGCUGGGGGUUAUGAGACACGUGUUUCUGCUUCUUGAUCAGUCUGUUAACAUGGAGGAUAAUGAUCUCAAGCCGAGCAGAUUCAUAUGUCUGAAGAAACUUUCCGAGCAGUUUAUUCUCGAGUUUUACGAUCAGAAUCCUAUCUCACAGAUCGGAGUUAUAGCUGUUAAAAACGGUAAAGGUCAGAAAAUAUCAGAUCUAAGCAGUAAUAUCAAUAAACACAUAGCAAAUAUCAAAGCUCAAAAAGCUUGCGAGGGUGCUUUUUCUCUGUACAAUGGCUUAGAAACAGCGUUCAAAAUAUUAUCAAGUAUGCCAUCUUAUGCUAGUCGAGAAAUAAUAAUCGUUGCUGGAUCUCUAACCAGUGUAGAUCCUCACCCAAUAAACGACAUGUUGACUCAACUAGCAGAGAGCAAUAUAAGGGUCUCCGUUAUAGGACUCAGUGCUUCUGUUCAAAUAUUUAACAGAGUAUCCUCCGCAACAAAUGGAACAUACAAUGUAAUGUUGGACGAGCAGCAUCUCCAAGAGCUGUUGAGGUUGCAAUGUGCACCCCCCGCUGCAACCCCCACUAUGGAACCAAGUCUGGUGAAAAUGGGGUUUCCCCCGCAUGUAACAGACGGCACGUUGUCUUUGUGUCAGUGCCACGUGGAGGACAAAACCAAGGCUGAACUAACCACUCAAGGGUUCACCUGCCCCACGUGUUCUAGCAAGUACUGCGAGGUCCCUGUGGAAUGUAAAAUAUGUUCCCUGACGCUGGUUUGUGCUCCUCACCUGGCUCGAUCUUAUCACCACCUGUUUCCUCUGUCAGAGUUCACUGAAACAUCCACAGAGGACCUCAUUGAUGACACCAUGGUGUGUGGGGGCUGCUCCAAAACUUUCGCAAAUCAGAAACAUGUGUACCGUUGCAGAUGUAUCAUGGGGUAUAAACAGGAACUGAACUUCUCUUAUCUCGACAGAUGA